CUCCAGCUAAACGCAGAGGUUACAGACGACAGCAUUUAUGAAAAAAGUUUCCACGUACUUGAAGGAUACGGAAACCAACCUGAUACAGAUUUCCUCGGUGCAAGUGCCAGCAAGAAAAAACAAACAAACGGCUAAACCAUGUACGGAAUGCUGCUGGAGAGCGUACAACACUUUGUACAGCUGGAGUAUGGGGAGUUUGUCUGGCGCCAAGCAUUGCUCACUACGGGGUGUAAAAACACUGUGUUUAAUACACAUCAGCUGUACCCUGAUAACCUGAUACCAGACCUUGCUGCAGCCCUCUCGGCCAUUACCGGAAAACCAUUCGAUGAGUUUAUGAUAUUUUUUGGCCGAUGUUUCGUCCGAUUCUUCAGCAACUUUGGCUACGAUGAGCUGAUCAAGGCGACGGGUCGCUACUUCUGCGAUUUCCUCCAUUCGGUCGACAACAUUCACCUGCAGAUGCGUUUCACCUACCGGAAGAUGAAGAGUCCCUCGAUGCAGCUUACGGAGGUCGAUGAAAACGGGGCCGUACUGGUGUACAGGAGCACACGGACGGGAUUUUCAAAGUAUCUGCGUGGCCAGUUGCUAGAGAUUGCCAAACAGCUGUACGGGAUGGACGUAAGCAUCAAGGUACUGGAAAGCCAGAACGACACGCCUGGUGGAACAUCGGGACCAAUUUCGAUACAGGGCGGUCUGAAGACGGUUAUCGUAAAGUAUCGGCUGGACUUUGACAAUCGUGAAUAUAUGCAACGCCGCGUUCAUAUCAAGGCGCAUCCUUCUCAGCUGCAACUGACACCGGUCAACAGUAAGUUGUUGCUGAACCUGUUCCCUUUCGCUCUGAUCCUGAACGAGGAAAUGAAAAUUACGGCCGUAGGCGAGAAACUGAUCGAGUCGUGGAUGCUGAACAACGUGAACCGAUCGCCGAUGGAACUGCUCGGAGCGAAAGUAACAGAGCACUUCAAACUUCGUCGACCGAGCGGCAUUACGUUUACGUGGGAAAAUAUAAAACGACUGCAGACCGUCCUGUUUGAGAUACAGCUACUGAAGGGAUCUUCAGCAAAAGGAUCGAAGGAUGCGACUAAGCAAACGGACAGCCAACCGGCAGUGUCACAGGUCGAUACGAGUUCCUCCACUGAGGAUGCGGCAAAAAUCAUGACCUCGAUUCCGCGUCGUGGAUCUCAGGGAUUGCGUAGCAUUUUGCUGAAGGGCGAAAUGCGCUACAUCAAAGACAUCAACUCGCUCGUGUUUCUUUGCAGCCCUCUCAUCAACAACCUGGAGGAGUUGCGUGAAAUGGGUCUCUACUUAAACGAUCUCAAUCCCCACGGACUAAGCCGCGAGAUGGUGUUCUCCGGCUUUUCGCACUACUCGCGGCUGGAUCUGAUGUGCGAACGGGAGGAGCAGCGGGCAGAGGAACUGGAAACUUCGCUUGCCCUGGCUGACUCCUGGAAGCGACAGGGCGAUGAACUGCUGUACUCGAUGAUUCCACGCUCGAUAGCGGAACGGUUGCGCGAGGGCCAGAACCCGCACGAGACGUGCCAAAGCUUUGAGGAGGUGACGGUACUGUUUGCCGAGGUGCAAGAAACGAUCACUGGUGAUGAUUCAAUCAAGUACGCCAUGACGACGGUCAACACGCUCAAUGCUGCAUUCAGUGCAUUCGAUGAGCUAAUCCAUUCACCGAUGGCCUACAAGGUGGAGACGGUCGGGAAGGUGUACAUGGCCGUUAGUGGUGCGCCGGACAUCAACCCAUUUCACGCCCAGCAUAUGGCCGAUCUAGCGUUGGAUAUGUUGAAAAGCAUACGGCAGUUAAACUUACCCGGAGUUGGGGUGAAAAUCGGCUUUCACUCGGGACCAAUAGUGGCCGGUAUUGUGGGACUGAAGGUGCCGAGGUAUUGCUUGUUUGGGGAUACGGUAAAUACGGCUUCACGAAUGGAGAGCAGCGGUGAGACGGAUAACAUCCAGGUGUCGGGAUACACGGCUCAAAAGCUGAAGAAGCUAGGAUACGAGCUGUCGUACCGUGGGAAAGUAGCUGUGAAGGGAAAAGGAGACAUGGAAACCUUCUGGCUGCAGGCUCCAGUGUUUGAUGUGAACCGUAUCGUGCCUCCACAGAGGUUCUUGGGCGUAGCCCGCAAAUCCGUCAUCUGGCAGAUUAAGGAGGCGUACAGCGUAAUCUCGGCUUCCUGCAAAAUGUUGGCAAGCGGUCCGUUGGCAACCUGCGAACCCCAUCCAAUGAUGGUAGCCUUGGGUACGGGCGGUGAGCUUGGGUUCGGAGCUGGCAGACAGAUGGGACUGAAGCUGGUGAGCGGAGUUGUCAGUAUUAGCAGUCCAAUGUUGUCGACCAGGGGAUUAGCGUCCGAGCAGUGCGCGUAUAUGCAUGGGGAUGGGCAUGGUUUCGAUAACACUGGCCGUGGUGACUAUGGUGCGAUCGUUGAUGAGCGAACCCUGCCCGGACGGGCUGUCCAGAGGCUGGUAAUUUCCUGCACUGCGCUGCUGGUGUUGGACACGGUAGCCUGGGAAGCGUUGAUAAUGCCUGGCAGUGGGUUCGGCAGUGGAUCGUUCAACGCAAUUCCGGCGUCCGCAGAUGUCUCGGUAGUCGUGCUGGAUGGUAUCACGAAGAAGGAACUGGAGCCGAUUGUGGCCCAUCCAGCAGCUAUGAAGCUGUUGCAGAUUGUGCUCUGGACGGAACUGUGCGUGCUGUGCUUGGUGUAUGGUGUAAGUUAUUUUGUCCGUUUAACGCAUUUUGGGGGUAAGUGCAUUCUGGCAAUGUCAAUAGUUUUGUUUUCGUUUUUUUUUGUCCUCCGAUUAUGUGCCAACAAGCGAGAAGAUGAGGAACACAACCGGAUCAAUUAUGACAUCUACGUGACGCCGAUUAUGUUUAGCACGGCCAGUGAUAACCGGUUUCGUGCAAAAAACCCACUGCUGGCCUGGCUGUCAACCGUGCUGAACUACCGGCCACCGAGCUUCGGGGUGGAAUCGCCGGCCAGCUCGACACUGAAGCCACUGCCACCACCACGUGACUGCUCGGAGUGUUCUUGUGGCCGGGGCAAGACGAGCUCACGGAUCGUGGGUGGAGAUGCGGCCGACGUGAAAGAAUAUCCCUGGAUAGUGCGGCUGCUGUAUCGGGGCGCGUUCUACUGUGGAGGAUCGCUGAUCAACGAUCGCUACAUCCUAACCGCGGCUCACUGCGUGCUUAGCUUCACGCCCCAGCAGCUGCUGGCGAAGCUGUACGACGUGGAGCAUGCGGAGAUGGUCACACGCACUAUUGUGAAACUGUACGGCCACGAACGGUUUAGUCUGGACACGUUCAACAAUGACAUUGCGUUGGUCAAAUUGCAGCAUCCGGUUGAUGCCGGCGGGAGCUUUGUUCCGAUCUGCCUUCCGGCCAACGGUAGAAGCUUCGCCGGCCAGAAUGGCACGGUGAUCGGUUGGGGAAAGCUGGGUAACGGCAGUUUGUCGCAGGGUCUGCAGAAGGCAGUCGUACCGAUCAUUUCAAACAUGCAAUGUCGAAAGUCCAGUUAUCGUGCUUCGCGCAUUACGGACAACAUGCUCUGCGCAGGAUACACGGAAGGCGGACGGGACGCCUGUCAGGGUGACAGUGGAGGCCCGUUAAACGUCGGGGACAGCAAUUUCCGCGAGCUGGUUGGCAUCGUGUCGUGGGGCGAGGGAUGCGCCCGUCCCAACUAUCCCGGGGUCUAUACGCGCGUCACGCGCUACUUGAACUGGAUUAGAUCUAACACUAGAGAUGCGUGCACCUGUGAGCGUUUCGCGGUUAUGGCGUUUCGUUCGGUGCUGUUCCUGAUCGUACUGUGUUUCGUGUGGGAAGGUGCGCUUCCUGGUGUGAUGGCCAGUGAACCGAACAGUACCGUCCCGAUUGGCGACUUUACCAGUGAGAAUCUUACAGCACCGGGAAGAUUUGCGUGGAACGAUAGUCUGAUGAUAGAUCCGAACGGAUUCAUUGGCAAAGCGCCGUUGCUGAACAGUGGCGUGUGGACGUGGAUCACGACCGUCUUCGGUAUGCCAAUCUUCAGUGUGUUUGCGUACCGGGCAGCGCCCCGAAACUGUCCACCAUGCUCUUGUGGUACGAACACAAACAACUCCAAGAUUGUCGGAGGUCAUGAAGCGGAGAUUGGACGGUAUCCCUGGAUGGCGGCAUUGUACUACAACAACCGGUUCAUCUGCGGUGGAUCGCUGAUCAACGAUCGGUAUGUCCUGACAGCGGCCCACUGCGUGUUUGGUAGCGAUCGGUCACGUUUUCGGGUGAAGUUACUGAUGCACGAUCGCGCUGUACCGAAGGAAGAUUCCUUCGAGCGUAAGGUGUCCUACAUAAUGACCAACUGGUUCGUGAACGUGCUGGUCUUCAUUACCAACGAUGUGGCGCUGCUGAAGCUGAGUGAACCGGUUCCGCUGGGUGACACGAUUGUACCGGUGUGUCUGCCACCGGAAGGCAACACGUACGCAGGACAGGAGGGUAUCGUGACCGGUUGGGGUAAGCUGGGCGAUGGGACGUUCCCGAUGCGACUGCAGGAAGUGCACGUCCCGAUUCUGGGCAACGAGGACUGUCACAAUCAGACGCGCUACUUCCGGUUCCAGAUCAACGAUCGCAUGAUGUGUGCUGGGAUUCCCGAGGGUGGCAAGGACUCGUGUCAAGGCGACAGUGGAGGUCCCAUGCACGUGUUCGAUGCAGAAGCGAACCGGUUCAGUGCCGUGUCUGUGUUUUCAAUCUUUAUUUUUCUUACGAUCAUGAUCAUGAAUCGAUCCUCGUCCGUACGCUUAAUGGCUAUUUGGGUGCUGAUGCUGACGAUGCUGGCAGCUCCAGUGUUGGCCGCUCCUGUCAACAACUCCAGCGACUCCUGUGAUUGUGUGUGUGGUGUCGGUGGACGCACUAAUCGUAUCGUCGGAGGUUCCGAAACCACUGCCCAUCAGUUUCCAUGGCUGGCCGGUCUCUUCAGGCAGGGCAAGCUGUACUGUGGAGCGUCGGUCGUUUCACGCAAUUUUCUAGUCACGGCCGCUCACUGUGUGAACUCGUUCGAACCAAGCGAGAUAAGGGUCUACCUCGGAGGACACAACAUCGCGAAGGACUAUACAGAGCUUCGGCGCGUGAAGCGAAUCAUCGACCACGAGGACUUUGAUAUAUUUACGUUCAACAACGACAUUGCGCUGCUCGAACUGGACAAACCACUACGCUACGGGCCCACCAUUCAGCCAGCCUGUCUGCCGGACGGAAGUAUAAUGGAUUUCACCGGAACGGUCGGUGUGGUUGCCGGAUGGGGCAGGAUCGAAGAGAAGCGUGCUCCGUCCAAGACGCUACGAUCGGUCGAAGUUCCUAUCUGGUCACAGGAACAGUGUCUGGAUGCCGGCUACGGAAGCAAGAAGAUCUCGCCGAACAUGAUGUGCGCCGGGUACCACGAUGGUCAGAAAGACGCUUGCCAGGGUGAUAGCGGUGGUCCGAUGCAUAAGAUGGGCCUGUUUGGUAGCAUGGAAGUGAUUGGCGUGGUGUCGUGGGGCCGUGGAUGCGCCCGCCCGAAUCUGCCCGGAAUUUAUACGCGCAUCGUCAACUACUUGCCGUGGAUUCACGAUAAGCUUGCCAAUGAAUGUAUCUGUCCACCGAAGGAUAUUGCCCGAAGGAUUUGAGAAGCCUCUCGGUCCGCUCGGGACAGCUGUUUACUGUUGAUAAUUUAUUCGUUUUCUAGUCACCAUGAAACCAUAGCAUGUAAGAGCUGUAACUACGGCUGUCACUAUUAGUGUUUAGAAGCUAAGAUAACAUGGAGGGUUUAUUGUUAUGGAAGAAGCGGUCAAAUUGUAUACGAAAAUAAAAAUUGCUACAGAAGCAAAAGCUGACUACAAGA